AUGAAGCGCGAACAUCUACUCUGGCUUGCGGCUUCAACGGCAGGCGCUUCUCCGCUGCUACAGUUUGGCCAAGGCUCCACAUUUGACUACAAUGGUCUGCGGUUCGGAGCCGACAAGAAGUUCUCGAUCACUAUGUUCAGUGACAUGCACUUCGGGGAACCCGCAUGGGUUGGCGCAGGCAAAGGACCCGAAGCUGACAAGAAAACCAUUGGUGUCAUGAACUCGGUCUUGGACAAUGAGCACUCGAAUCUGGUUGUUCUGAAUGGUGACCUCACAUCCUGCGAAUUUGUGGCACCAGAGAACAUGACUGCACUCAUCGAUCAAGUCACCGCUCCACUUGUCGACCGCAACAUGCCAUUCGCCGCGACGUUUGGCAACCACGACAUGUCUAAGACUUGCAGUACACGCCUCAUGUUGGAGCAUAUGACGAACAACAUCAAAGGCAAGAACGAAAAGACACUGUCCUUCACCAAGUCCUCAGUCGCUGGUCCAUAUGAAGAAGUCGGGUCGAGCAACUACUACAUCCCGGUCUACGCUUCCAGUGGUGGUGGCAACCCGCAGCUGUCACUCAUGCUCUACUUCUUUGAUAGCAAGGGCGGUCGGGACUUCCAAAAGACCGAUGCUAACGGACAGGAUGUUUCCGUGCCAGGUUGGGUGGAUGACAAGGUAACCUCAUGGUUCCAUCUAACGCGCAAAGCGAUUCAGCAGCGUGAAGGUCGCGUCAUCCCCAGUCUCGCCUUUGUCCAUAUCCCACCUCAUGCUACGAGAGCAUAUCAGAAGAAUGGCCACAACCCCAAGUUGGCUCCGGGUAUCAACGAGGAAUUGAUUGGUCACCAGGGCGAUGUUUGCGACAGCAACAACAAAUGCAACUAUGCCGGCACCGACACACCAUUCAUGCAAGCGCUUGUCGAGACUGAGGGGCUGAUGGGUGUCUUCUCCGGCCACGAUCAUGGUGUAGACUGGUGCAUGAAGUGGUCAAAAGAUCUGUCCGGCAACUCACCUGCAAACGGUAAUGGUCUUAACUUUUGCUUCAAUCGUCACACCGGUUACGGAGGAUAUUCAGAAUGGACUCGUGGAGGUCGACAAAUCACCAUUGACGAAACGAAGCUUGGCGAGAACGUUCUGGAUACCUGGAUCAGGCUCGAAGAUGGCAGCGUGUCAGGCCGAGUCACUCUCAACGCCACCUAUGGCACGGAUGUGUAUCCCGUUGUCACCAGCUCCAAGAGCACUAGCUUGUAG